GGCGGAGCCUGCACCCCACGACACUGUUCUGCGUUAAGAGAAAGGAGGGAAAUAACAUCCUUACGGAGAGUAUACCAGCCGCUGCCUUUGAUCGAAUGCGGUUUCUUGAUCACGAAUUCCGCUGCCUUAUUGGUGCGCUAAGCCCGGUGGAGAUGCUUCGCGUGCGGAUAAUAUCAGAUCGCUUUGAAAGCCGUCGCAUACUCGAACCCUUUAAAAGCUUCCCGUACAUCCCACACACGGAGAGCCACACGACGUACUGCGUCGAUUACACUGCCGAAGCCAUGGCACUUCUGACAGCAGACAACAAUAACAACAACACAAACAACAGGAUGAUUGACGGGGAUGAGAACAUUCAGCGUAAGGUGACACCGUGGUGGAAUGGCUUGGUGUACAAUGAACUCCACCCGCGGGCACUAAAGCAAGAAAAGCGGCAACCGCUCAUUGUGUUAAGUUCCUUACUCCAAAACCCUGUCAAUGUCGCUGGCCUCUUCCGCUGCGGCGAAAUCUUCGCAAUUGAGAAGGUUGUCGUUUCAGACCAGGCCGUCUUUGCGCAUCCGCAUUUCGUGGCCGCCGCGCGCAGUGCUGAACUGUGGAUGCCGUGGGAUGCAGUAAUGGCAAAGAAUCUGCCGGAAUAUUUGGGUUCCCUGCGGCAAGACGGAUACACACUUAUUGGCAUUGAGCAGACGGCUGGAAGCGUGUCUAUCGCUUCGUAUCGCUUCCCUGAGCGCGCUGCCAUUCUCCUUGGCGCGGAAGGACACGGCGUGCCAGCGGAGCUGCUGCCCGUACUGGAUGUGUGCGUGGAAAUUCCUCAAUUUGGAUUGAUUCGUUCGCUUAAUGUACACGUCACUGGUGCCCUGGUGAUGUACGAGUACACCCGUCAGCACCUUAUGGAGAAUAAAUAG